AUGGACUCAAAGGAUCAAAGCCAUCAACAAAAACUAUAUUUGGGUAGUGGUGAUGCUUUUGGUUCUGCCGCUACUACUGCCGAUCAAAAUCUUUAUUCAUCUCAUUUUAUUCAAUUAGAAGAACUGAAUAAGCCUGUCCCUUUUGGUUUCCAAAGAUUCCUUGAUAUUAAGACAGGUCAAAUCUCUUAUAAGAAGGAGGAAAUACAAGAACUGGAACCGAAGAAAAUGAGCCGAACAGACGCAAAAAGUGAAAAUAAUUCUACGUUAGCAAAGCUUGAUUUGAAGCUAAACCUGUCUCCACCAGUGCUUGAUCAACUGAUAAUAACAACUGCAGCAAAUUCAUCAGCAUCACCUACAAGUUCAUGUGUUACAAUAGACAUGAAUUAUUCAUGCAGUGAUAGUAAUAUGAAGUAUGAACCCUGGAGAAACUACGACGGUGCUGUCUAAUAUGGCGUUGGUAGGGUGCCUCAAUUUCUACCUGUGUUAUGUUAAAAGAGGAUAAUCUUAAAUGCCCAUAGUGCAAAGGUUCUUUUUUGCUUGAUUUCUUAGGA